AAACAAUUCAAAAUAUUAAAAAAUUCAGAACUCGAUGAAGAUUCUAGAGAUUACUACACACUGUUGUUGCUUCACGCUAUUUUACAACCACGGCGUAUUAGUAGGACGUACAAACCCUCUAUAACAGAUUCUCAACAGGAUUUCGCCUUACGUGUUAAUACGAUAAACGACAUUGGACCACAAAUCGAUAAUUUGAGGGCCUCCUACAGCAAGAAGAAGAUUAAGGUACAACCUCGUAUUGUAGUUGUAGGUACAGACAAAUUAAAAGAAUACUACGUGUAUAGUGACAAUAUAAAAUAUAAAUUACCCUCUUUUCUGGAAUGUGUUGAUACAGUAAUUAAGCUUACGUACGUUUUCAAUUUAGAAUAUUCCCCAGUAAGUAAAUUCGUGUGGGCAUUUAUAAACGAAUAUUUUUAUGGUAUCAGCCAAAAUAUAGCACAGGUUACAAGCUUUAUUAACAAAUUGGAUAAUCGGAAAUAAGUUGUUAUUUUGUACUAAUAAUUGUUUGAUAUAUAUGUUAUUUAUAUACAUCUUAUAUUAGUUUUGCUAUUAUUAGAUAAAAUGUUUGGUUGUUUUAUAUGUAACACCUUUACCUUCGAGACUGCUCAUACUCUUAUUGAUCAUUUAAAACACUUACAUGGCGUUCCUUCUAUAUACAACUAUAAAUGUAUUCAAACAUGCUGUUGCCAACAAUUUCAAAAUAUAUACAAGUUCAAAAUCCACUUAUCAAAACAUGAAAAAGAUACAGAAGAAAAGCGAUGUUCCUUAAAUAUUUUAAAAAUAGAUAAAAGUCAGUCAAAAGAUAAUCUUCAACAAGAAAAUCAGUCUUCUGUGUGCCCCAUUAAUAUAGAAACAAGUGAUUUGUGCAACAAAGCCUACACAAGCAAUGUGUAUAACAAUGUGGAAUCUAAUAUUAAACGAAGCUUUGUGGCGUUUCUUUUACAGUUACACUCUAAAAAGAAUUUGACAAGAAAAAAUAUUUUAGAUAUUCAGGACAGUAUCAAGUUUACAAUUACCACGCCAAUGUCCGAAUACAUACAUUCCGAUGUUAUACCUUUUAUACAUAAUGACUUGGUUCUCAAAAAAGUAAAAUAUUUAAGCGAAACACUUCAAAACCCGUUUAAAGGCAUUGACACAGAAUACAAGUUUUUUAAAGUUAUCACGGAUAUUGGUAUAUAUCAACAUCCAAAAUCUUUUACAAUUAGCAAUUCUGUUUCAGAAAUAAUUGUUAAUAAUUCACCAACAAUAGAAAGCAGAUUAGUAGAAGGUUGCAUUUUAGAUUUACAUUUUCAGUUUAAGAAAUAUUUUGAAACGGGUAACAAUUUUGAAUUAACCAUACAAAAUAUGCAGCGUCUUCAAAAUUGUAAUAAGUUGAGUAAUUUUAUUAACGGGUUUUUAUGGAAGAAGAAAACACAAUGUCAGAUUUCCAAUAAUAUUAUUAUUCCGUUUUUUAUUUAUUUGUAUGAUUUUGAAAUUAAUGAUCCCUUAAGUUCGCAUGCUGGUGUUAACAAGCUUUGCGGUAUAUACUCAUGUUUUCCAACUAUUCCUGCCUUUCAAUUAUCCAAACUAAGCAAUAUUUUAGUGCUAGGAUUUUUGAAAUCGUGUGAUAUUCGAGAAUUUGGAAAUAUGCGGUGUUUCACCAAGUUUACAGAUGAUAUAAACAAAUUACAACGCGAGGGCAUAACUUUAAACAUAAAUAACAAAAAAAAAAGUACAUGUUUAUUUCCAACUUGGUUUAAUUCUUGGCGAUAACUUGGCUUUAAAUGAUAUCUUAGGUUUUGCAACAUCAUUUUCGGCCAAUUAUUUCUGUAGGUUUUGCAAGCAGAGUAAAGAAAAUACACAAGUUGAAUGUCAUCAAAUGGACAACUUAUUAAGAAAUGUCGAUAAUUACCAUAAUGAUGUUUCCCUAAAUAAUCCAUAUUUGACUGGAAUAAGGGAGAACUCUGUGCUCAAUCAAAUUUCUUCAUAUCAUGUAACAGACAAUUUAUGCUCUGAUAUCAUGCACGACAUAUUUAAUGGAAUUUGCAGGUAUAACUUGCAUCAUAUUCUAAAACAUUUCAUUAAAAAAAAAUAUUUUUCACUGGAAACUCUGAAUUAUCGAAAACAAAUGUUUCAAUACGGAGCUACUGAAAUAGACAAUCUUUCACAACCAAUAGAAUAUAACCAUAUUAAAAAUAAAUGCUUUAAGAUGACAGCAUCGGAAAUGAAAUGCUUUAUACAUUUUAUAACACUAAUUAUUGGUGAUUUAAUACCAACAUCAGACGCUGUUUAUGAGUUUUUACUCAUAUUCGUCCAAAUAAUAGAUUUAGUAUUAAAAUCCCAUUUUACGAACGAAGACUUAACACAACUCGAUACCUUAAUAAAAUUACAUAAUAAUUUAUAUACCACGUUGUUUUCAGAUUCUCUAAAACCUAAACAUCAUUUUUUAGUCCACUAUGUGCAUAUAAUUAAAAAUAGCGGACCACUUCGUAACCAGUGGUGUUUUCGCUUUGAAGCAAUGCAUCAAAAGCAGAAAACUUACGCCAAAAGUUUGUUAUACUUUACUCACG